CCACACCCUCUUCUCUGACUGUAGGCACAGACGUAGAGUGGUUCGAGAACGGAACGACGGCUAAAGGAAGUGGGGGACAUGAUAACAAUAAUGCAUCUAUCAUGACGCUUUUUGGACAUCGGUAAUAACAACGAGCUUGUCGGAGCUUGGCACCAAAGUAUCGUUACGCACGACGGACAAUACAUGAUUUGUUUCCGGUGUGCGAUUCUCUUAAAAAAAAAGACUAGACUCAGAAGCAGGAUCGUGCAGUUCUUCCUGUUGCCAACUCGGUGGAUAUAAAGUUCUUAUGGAAUAUACCGACUUGUACAAUUGAGACAUUUUAAAUCACCACAGGGCGAGACAGCAAAUAUGCAUACAGUUGGGCAAACGGAUGUGAGAUUUGUUGACAGAACGCAUAGAAGUUUCGUCCAGAUACCGUUGAUCGUGCUGUGGGUUUAGGGCGAGUUGGUCAGCUUUGAAAUUUGCGGUAAAGCACGGGGUUCGCCUGACUGAACGCUCCUUUCCUGCUAUUCUUCUCGUCUUUUCAGCGCUUCCUGCUUAUGACGGCCACGGCACUUAAUGGCUAAAAAUACAGACAGCUCUAAAUGGACAACUAAAUGAAGUUGAGCUCUUUUGUUGAGGUUAUUAUUGUCCAAUGUUCUGGAUAUUUUACAACCACCUGAUGCUAAUUUUAGUGACUGAUCCAUCCAGUUCUCUGCACAGUCUUGGUUUUGUUAUAAUGGAAUAAGUUCCCCUUUAUUUCAAAUUCCAAUCUCAGCACAUACUCAUUGGUUAAUAUGUGACUGUGUGGUAUAAUAAUAGAGUAAUUAAGUGAGCUAUGUGCUCAAACCACACAUUGAAACACCACAUAAGUUAAGUAUCAACUUGCUUUAUGGAGACAAUUCUGCCAUUUUACAAAUUGGAACACUUUGGCAGAACUGGUCACAUCCAUGGCCUUUGUUUGGUCGUUGCCAGCUCCAAUGGAAACAUAAGCAGUCCAUGUCGAGUCGUAUGAGAGGCGCUUUUUAUCCUGUUAUCUUUGAACACUGUUGUGUUCCUGUUGGCCAGGCCUUUGAACGCAUUUCACGGGUCCCUGAUGAACCAACUAGACACAGAGGAACGGGAGAGUGGUGCAAUAAAGUACUCUAUUGUGCUUUAUUUUGGAAAAUCUAACCCAGUGUCUGAGCAUUUGCUCAUUGCGGCUCCAUGGAGCCGCUGAAGACCAUUUUUACCCGCGGCCCACUGUCGAACUGGAAAGGUUUGGAUCAAUCGCAAAAAGGUAACUUCACCAAUACUGUGUGGACAGCUUUAUUCGACUAUGAGGCGUCCGGUAAAGACGAGCUCACCCUCCACAAAGGUGACCUGGUGGAAGUCCUGUCGCUGGACUCUGAGAUAUCCGGUGACGAGGGCUGGUGGGCGGGCAAGGUCAACAACAAAGUGGGCAUCUUCCCCUCAAACUACGUGUCCUUCAAGCCACCUUCAUAUGGGAAACUGCAGGGCACUGGGGUCGGGGAGCUUGGGCCAGCCGUGGUGGGGGAGUUCGAACCCGAGGCUGUGGAUUUCAGGGAGCUGAGCCUCGAGGAAGUCAUUGGGGUCGGCGGCUUCGGCAAGGUGUAUCGCGGUACGUGGAGAGGUGGGCUGGUGGCCGUGAAGGCGGCCCGCCAGGACCCGGACGAGGACAUCAGCGUGACGGCCCAGAACGUGCGUCAGGAGGCCCGGCUGUUUGCCAUGCUCACUCACCCCAACAUCAUCGCCCUCAAAGGGGUUUGCUUACGGGAACCCAACUUGUGCCUCAUCAUGGAGUACGCAUCCGGUGGCGCACUGAGCCGAGCAUUGGCCGGGCGGCGCAUCCCGCCCCACGUCCUGGUCAACUGGGCGGUGCAGAUCGCCAGGGGCAUGCUCUACCUGCACACGGAGGCCAUUGUUCCUGUCAUCCACCGUGACCUUAAGUCUAACAACAUACUCCUGGCCCAGCCUAUGGAGAAUGAUUGUAUGGAAGGGAUAACCCUGAAGAUCACAGACUUUGGCCUGGCGCGGGAGUGGCACAAUACCACCAAGAUGAGCACGGCGGGCACUUACGCCUGGAUGGCGCCGGAGGUCAUCAAGUCCUCCACCUUCUCCAAGGGCAGCGACGUCUGGAGCUAUGGUGUUCUUCUGUGGGAGUUGCUGACAGGAGAGGUUCCCUACAGGGGCAUAGAUGGUUUGGCUGUGGCCUACGGAGUGGCUGUUAACAAACUCACCCUCCCCAUCCCCUCCACCUGCCCAGAACCCUUUGCCAUGCUCAUGGCAGAGUGCUGGGAUCAGGACCCACACCACAGGCCCAACUUUGCCUCCAUCUUGGUUCAGCUGACGGCUUUGGAGAGGCAGGUGGUGGAGGAGAUGCCUCAGGACUCCUUUCAUUCCCUACAGGAGGACUGGAAACUGGAGAUCCAGGACAUGUUUGAUGAGCUCCGGGCCAAGGAGAAGGAGCUGCGUUGUCGCGAGGAGGAGCUGAAGCGCGCAGCGGUGGAGCAGAAGUCCCACGAGGAGUUCCUCAGGCAGAGGGAGCAGCAGCUGGCCCAGUGGGAGCAGGAUGUGUUCGAGAGGGAGCUCAGUCUCCUCAUCCUGCACAUGAACAACCAGGAGAAGCCCAACGUCAAGAAGAGGAAGGGAACCUUCAAGAAGCACAAGUUGAAGGGCAGCAAGAACGGAGAGAAGAUCAGCAUGCCCCAAGACUUCAUCCAUAAGAUCACAGUGCAGGCGUCUCCAGGGCUGGAGAAGAGACGCAACUCUCCCGAUCUGGGCUCCGGCACCUCUCCCUCCUUCGGCCCACGCUUCCGAGCAAUCCAACUGAGCCCCAGUGAGAACAACAGGGCAUUUGGUCUGAGCUCUAUGUGGCCCCUGGAGGGCCCUCCACACAACAAGCAGGCAAAUGGGGACCGGCUGGGCCCUCACUGGAGGCCCCAGAGCCCAAAGAGCCCCAAGAGCCCCAAAGUCCUUCGCUUAAGCCCCCAGGAGAGCAGUCUUUCAAUGAGAGCCAAACUCCUGGAUAUGGACAGCAAUGAGAACGGAGACUCCAAGGAUGACUUUGAGGAGUACAGACCCUCCACGCCACAGCCUGCCCAAAACGGCUCCUCAGUGAAGGAGCCCCCCAGGCCUUCUCUAUCUCAUGGGGACUCGGGCAGUGAGGAGGGGCUGGAGGGGAGUUCCCCGGCCGGUUCCCCAAGGCCCGAGCACCGCUCCCUGGGAGGCCUGCUGAGGAGCACCCACCGGGCCCUACUGGGAGGAGGCUCUCUCCUGGCCUCCGUGGUCCUGGGACGACACUUGGACGUGCCACACAUCCCCCCAGGGUGCCCCCCCGGACUAACCCCCACCACCACCCCCCACAAGAGGUCAACAUCACGGCCCCCAAAAUCCCCUCCUCGGAUCCCCCUGUGGUGGAUGACCUUAUAACCUUUUCCAGCUCGGAGCCCCUACCCCGGCCCCUCUUUGAUUUCCCCUGCGCCCUGCACGCCCCUGAGGUGAAGCCCCUGCCCCUCACGCCGCCUCCCCCUAACCCCCGGGAAAGGGCCUGCCACAGGCAUGCCCAAGCCCUCCAGACA